UCGGCUCAGCUCAGAGCACGCCAUAAACAGACGGGAGACAACACUGGCGGGAUACAGCUAAACCUCCCAGUGCACUCACAUCUGGCAUAGAGACAGAUGCAGAUAUAUCAGCACCUCAGGAUAUAUUAGGAACACACUUUAAUGCACCUGGAUUUAACAGAAAGGACUAAGUAGAACUUUUUUUUUCUUUGUGUUGCAGUACAGUUUUGCUUUUCUCUUGCUUUUUUUGUGCUGGACCCUUGUGGAUGAGAAUGGGGAGAUAAAGGAUGAAGAGUGGCUCACUGGGGGGCAAAUAUGGCUGUCUGGGAUUUUUUACAGAAGGGGAUGAAAGCCUGCUCUUUUGCAUGAGCCUUCUUCAAAACCACUCACCCACCACCUGCUAAAAAAAGGAACAGCUAUACAAAUUGGCUGAAGGAAAAAGACGAAAGCGAGACAAAGAGAGAGGGAGAGAGGAGAGAUGUGUGCAUUUGGCAUGAGCGCUGUGUGCACAAAACAAGGGUUUCCAGCACAACUGUCUGUGUGAUUGGGUGAAGUGAAGUGGACAGAGUGCUGACUUCUUUGAAAAGCUGAUACGCGACUUGGGUGGUCUGUGGGCGGCAGACAGCUGGGGCCGUGAUUCACGAAACCCGACUUGGCGUGAAAAGGAGAGACACUACAACUAAAGAUGAGGAUUCUGUCACGAUAGGAGCUGAAAGAGAGGAGAAGGUGCGCUUGUGCGGAGGGGAGAGUAUCUAGCUUGGCUUGCAGACGGGGAAAUGACUUCCAUCUGAGCCUGUUCUGUGGACGUCAGGGUGAAAACAAGCGACCUCUUGGAGUUGUUUCUCCAGCCAACAAAAUGCUAUUCCACUCCAACAAUAACAACGCACUGAUAAACAGUAUGAUGUAACGUACACAGGAACCAGUAAUCCAUCAUUAACAUCAUCACCAACAGACUGAGAACUUAUUUUAUAGUUGUGGAUAUACAAAGGCCUUGUUAUGAUAUUAAUGGACUGUCCAGAGGUGGAUGCGUACAGAUGCGAUCACCUCAUUUACCAUUAACCCGGUCAGGCAAAACAAACAAUCACGCCAGAGCAGAGGCUGGGAGCAGAAAUGAAACAGAGAAGCCUGAGCGGAAGCAGAGGAGAAAGGAACAACUUCCAGCUAUAAAGGGACUACGGCAAGAAAAAGACAAAAAUGAGCAAAUACAGACAAAGUUUAGUUUGCAUAGAGAUAAAAAAUUUUGUCUUAAGAAGUGAAAUGAAUCAGAGAGCACAACAUGAAGGAUAUAUACACAUGAAAAAUCUGCACUGGCUGUUCUGAAAGACAAAAUAACUCAAAGAAAUAAGCUGGACCACGCCAAGAGAACUAUUGACAGUACACUGGCUACUGUGCCUGUGUCCAGAGCCUGGGGUUUGCAGUAUGCUGUGUAAUGGUGGUAACAGUGGUGGUGUCAGUUGUGUGCAGAGUGCAGUGGUACCAACAGCUACAGCAACACCAUCAUCAUGGUGGUCUGUUGUUGUGCUGUUAUUUUGUUUUGUACUCCCACAGCUGAGCCCUGCCCAGGCCAGCGUCUGCCCGCCUGGUUGCAUCUGUGCCUCUGAUAUCCUCAGUUGCACCGCCCUGGGUCUCCAACAGGUCCCCAGGGAGAUGCCCGUCUCUCCUGUCACUUUGGAUCUUAGCCAUAAUCGGAUAGUGCAAUUGGAGGAGGGCAGCUUUGGAAGACUUCCUCGUUUGGAGACAUUACGAGUAGCGCACAACCAGCUGACUGGGAUUAAACCAGGGGCCUUCCAAAACAGCUCACUCCUAAGACACCUGGACCUGUCGUCCAAUCAGCUCCAUGUACUUGAGCAGCACUAUUUCCUGGAGUUGUCAGGAUUAGAGGAACUGUUGCUGUUCAACAACCGUAUCAUCCACGUGGAGAGCCAAGCACUGGCUGCGCUGGGCAGCCUCCGCAAGGCCUACCUCAGCCACAACCGUCUCACCAAUUUCCCCUUCUUUUCCAUCCAGGAGCACAGCCACCCUUACCUAUCCAUGCUGGACUUGUCCUCAAACCGCCUGCCCAAACUACCCCUGGAGGCCAUAUCAAACUUACCUCUGGCUGUCCAGAGUGGACUCUAUCUCCACAACAACUCCCUGGUGUGUGAGUGCUCCAUGUAUGUGCUGCUACGUCACUGGGAGCAGAGAGGCUAUGCCUCAGUGAAAGACUUCAGACAAGAGCACACAUGUCUUGUCUUUGGGAUGCAGGCAGGUACUGUGCGUUUCUUCCAGCAGGGCCCCCUCUUUGAAAACUGCAGCUUGACUGUGAUGACUCAGCUCAGCCUGAAGGGAGAGCAAGAGAGUAAUGUUCUGGUGAAGCCAGGUAAAGCGGCGCUGCUGCACUGCUUGACGAAUCUCACAGGGAAGCAUGUGAAAUUUUUCUGGGUCUCGCCUCAUCAGGAGUACGUGGUCCCCCCAGGAAACAAUGGCGCAUUGAAGAUGUAUGCCAAUGGCACCUUGGAGAUUGUGGCGGCAAAAGCAGAGGAUUCCGGCAUCUACUGGUGUAUGGCUUUGGAUCAACAGCUUAAGCGCAAUGAGACACGACUGGUCAAUGUGACGGUGGCACCAUACCACGACGGCGAGCAUCACGAGCCGUUCAACACUGGGUUCACCACCCUCCUGGGCUGUGUGGUGAGCUUGGUGCUGGUUCUCAUGUACCUCUACCUGACACCCUGCCGCUGCCCACCAUGUCGUAAGGCCCCUUCCCCGGCCACAACUACCCCAAGCCCAGGGAAUGAGGCUGGGGCAGGGAGCGCUCAAUCUUCCAUCCUCACUCCCACCCCGCCGGCCACCACAGAGGGGCCAGGCCGCAAGAUUUACCCGUAUACCUUCUACCUCCACUCCAUCCCCUAGUUCCCUGUCUUUCAAUAGUCCUCAUUCUCCCCAUUCCACUCCCUCACCAUCUAUAACUCCUCUACUUACUAUUUAUUUUUUCGAUUUUCUCUCCCUCAUCUUUCUUGUCUCACAAAUACCCCUAACCACUGCACCGCUCCAUCUGACUCAAGACAUCUUUUUUUUCUCUAUUUGUUCUCCCUCCAUCUUCAGUGCAGUUCUCCAAUCCCAUGUCUUCCCUCAUUCUCUCUCUCUCUCUCUCUCUCUCUCUGUCUCUCUCUCU